AUGGCAAUUGCUCAACGACCCUCUCCGUUGAAUCGGACCACGAGCACGCCUCCCACCACUCCAAACACUCCAUCGAACACCGAAUCCAAGCUGCAACACACGUAUGCGAACAGCUCGAUCCUGACUCCGCCCACUUCCCCACGUCAAAGUCGGUCCUCCUCCAACAUCUCAGAACUUGCGACGCCGAUUUCUGCGCCUGUGACCCCAUCUCCUGCGGGUUCGACGUGGAAAUCGAAGGAAGCUAGGUUGGAUCCCAUCAAAACCGAUGCCGUCGGCCAGAGUAUAUCGCCCGAGACAAGUGUGCCGGAAUGUCCUUUCGAUGUUGAGAUCCUCAAGGACGAAUGUGGUCGAGACGCCGUCUUCGGGACCGGCGCCUGGAGCACGGUCUUCAAAGCCACCACCCACCCCAAACCAAGAACUGUCUCGGGUUCCUUGACGCCGCCGCUCUCCCCAGCAUUUGCCACUCCGGUUCUGGUAGCUGUCAAAAAACCCGCCCGCCGAGACGCCGUUUCAAUCCUGAAGAGCGAAGCCAACGUUCUCACCUACCUCCAUACCAUCCCCAACAGCGACAGCUAUGUGGUGCCUUUCUACGGCACCGUCGACCACACCUCGCUCGUUCUCGAGGCCAUUCCAUUCAGUCUCGGAGACCAUAUCCGACAAUGUGCUGCUGUCGCCGCCCAAAACGUGUCGACGUGGACCAUGACAGACCCGGUGCUCGGCAGCAGUGCAAAAUGGUUUCAUCUAGCACGGCAACUCAUUUCAGCCCUUGUGUGGCUCCACAAUGAUGCACGAGUCGUCCACGGCGACAUCAAACCCGGCAAUAUCCUCCUGACCCGUGUCCAAGGAUCAGGGACCGACAUUUCCUUUCAGCCUAUUUUCGCCGACUUUUCGUCUGCCCAACGGCUGGAUACCGAGGACACCACCACAAAUACGCUUUCGGCCAUCACGAGAGAAUAUACUGCCCCCGAGCUUCUCAACUCCAAAGUCCUUCGUGAUCCCACGUCGACGGCCACACCAGCGUCGGACGUCUUCUCCAUGGCAAUCACUUUACUGGUUGCGGCCACAGGGCAGAUGCUGGUGUACCCCGGCUCCGUAUUCCAGCGGCAGGCAAUGGCUACCCAAGGCUGGAUGGUGUUGAACUACGCCAGGAAUUCCGAACAAGGGUCAAGAGUACCCAGAUUCGGUCUCGUCGAGAGAGUCUUGGAAAGGGCGGUCCUGAAGGCCGACUUGGGACGAGUAAGCGCGCAAGAAUGGCUGGGGAUUGUCGAAACCAUUGCCCAAGGGGAUCCGGUGAAGCUAUGA